AUGAGGACUACCACAUCAGGCAGGAACAAUGGUAUACAGUGGACACUCCUGACGCAACUCGACGAUCUCGACUUUGCCGAUGACCUGGCUCUCCUUUCGCACAACCACAGUCAGAUGCAGGACAAAACAACUCACCUUGAAACAACAUCAGCAGGAACGGGACUCAAGAUCAAUUUGAAGAAAACAGAAUUGAUGAAGAUCAACACCACUGUCCAAUUACCAGUCACAGUUGGUGGUGAUCCCAUCAUAGGAGUUGAGUCUUUCAUCUACCUGGGGAGUGUGAUGGACAGACAGGAUGGCACAGACCGUGCCAUCAAAUCAAGAAUCGGCAAGGCAAGAGCUGCGUUUACCAUACUAAAGAACAUAUGGGCCUCAAAGAACAUCCACAUUACUACCAAACUGCGGAUCCUCAACUCCAAUGUUAAGUCCGUCUUAAUGUAUGGAGCAGAGACAUGGAGAUCGACCAAAAUCAACCCUGCAGAAGAUCCAGACAUUUUACAACACCUGUGUGAGGCGCAUCUUCAAUAUCCGAUGGCCUGA